AUGUCUUCAGAAGAGCGUAAAUGCUCAAAAUGUCCUAACGCACCGGAGAACACUCAGCACUAUACAAACUCCUGCAAGAAACAUUGGCAAUCUUGGAAAGACCAAGUCUGUGACAUUUGUUUCAGUCCCGACCAUUCAUGUUCACUCUGUCCCGAGUUGAAUGGCAACCAAUAUACUAUUUGUAGCAUUUGCGGACAUCUUCAUAGCCAAAUAGCGUGUUCUUUCAUAGAAGCUCCUGAUCCUAUGCAAUAUACGAAAGAGAAGUAUGAAGCAUACAUGAGACAAAAUCCCCCAAAGAAUCAGCCACAAAUAGUCCCGUCGACUUCAUCUGCAGGCCCUUCGCAAAGUGUACCCUCAACGGCAACCUCUGGGCCACAAGUUCAAUCCCAUGCAACUCAAGCUCAGCCUCUCCCACCCGGCUCGAUCAAACUGGUCGCAGAUUUCAUUCCACCAGCAAAGACAGCAAAAGAAGUUGAAGAAGAGAAACGGGCAAGUGGUUUUCAAAAAUUGGUCCAUCGUCAGGCGACAGCUGUUGAAAAUACAGGCGCUCAUCUGCCUGCUCCUGUUCAGUCCAACUACUUCAAAGUCACCUUCAACUCCGAUCUUGAUCUGCGAAGAUACAGGAUUCACCUCGACAAAAUCGAUAAAAAAAAUGUUGUCAAGCGUGAGCUUCGUCGUACUUUGAUCGAAGAGCUACUCCUACAAGUUCCUCCUUCGGGAAUUUGGGUUUCGGACUACUCGGAGUACAUUGUCUCCGUCGGCAAGCUUUAUGAUGAGUUAACUGAUGUGCCAGGAGCGACUGUCGAGAUUACUCAUCAUCGUCAUGGUCGAGAUCAAACCUGGGUUCCAAUGCAUAGCCUCAUUGUUUACGAAGGCCCUUUUCAAAGAGAUGCUUUAAACACACAUGUGUCUUCGAGCGGUUCGACAUUCGUACCAGAUGCGGAUCUUAGGAUGCUGAACAUUAUCUCAUGGUUUAGAAUCAACGGCUACGCUUCACCGCAUGCACCAUUGUUUGAUGGAUUCCGGGUGGGAAAUAGAUUCUAUCCUAGUGUUGGGGGUGUAAUUCCUUACCAUAAGGUGCCAUUGGAUGGUGACGCGAAAUUCCUAAUCAGAACUGGCUUCUAUACAUCGAUGCGGCCAGCUGUUGGAUCGGUGCUGCUGAAUGUCAACACCGUAACCUCAGCCUUUUUCCCUCCGGUAAUACUGAGUACUUGGAUUCGGUUGUUUUGGCAGCAAGAAAUUCCGCCAGUCAAUGAACGAAGUAAUCUUAUAGGCCUUCGAGUCACUUUUGUUGGUGAUGGUGCGAAUCCUAAAACGAGAGUCAUUCGUGAUGUCAAUGGUUCAGAUGUUAGUCAAGUCACUUUCACACCUAGAGAUGCCAACGGAACCCCAGGCCAGGUUACCUCUGUUUAUGACCACAUGAGAAAUAAAUAUCGAUUGUUGAGAUUCAAUUCCUCUGCCUGCUGUUUGAAUAUGGGGACAGCAACCUACCAGAAAUGGUAUCCGGCCGAUAACCUGCGAAUUGUUGCCGGGCAAAUCUUCAAAAAGAUUCUUCCGGAUGAUUUGGGAAGUUCGAUGAUAAAGAUUGCUCAGUGUGAGCCCGAAAGCAGCAAGAGAUUAAUCCUCAACGGGGCAUUGCCGUCUCUGGGAAUUCCAGCUACCACGGGUUCCUUCUCGCAAUUCGGCCUCAGUAUUAAUGAUGAGUUUGUAGAGGUUGUUCCGAAAUACCUUCGUCAGCCCAUACUGGAAUUUGGCGAAGGGUCCCAGUUUCGCAUAUCCACGCAACCAAAGAACAAAUCUUCCUGGAUGCUCAAGGAUAACGAUCGUAUUUUCAGGUUUGCUGACACUGGAAAUUCGAUUCCUAAUCUGCAUAUCAUUCGGCUCAGGUCCCACGACAAUGCUAGUGUAGAUCAAGUGAGGAAAUUUGCCCAAGAUCUCGGAUGGAAAAUUGGAAACUAUGGUGUCACGCUCACAGGCAGUGCAAUUAUCUCCGAUGCUUCGUCCUCGCCAAAUAGGCGGCUCUUUUGUGCUAGACUUGAUGGAGCCCUAAGAACUUUGCGUUCAAGAAAUGGUAAUAGAAAAUCGAGACUUCUUCUUGUAGUAGUCCCCGACAGGGAUAUAUGUACCUAUGCAAAUAUAAAGUGGUGGGGUGACUGUGUCGCUGGUAUCCCGACAAUUUGCAUCACCAAAAAAGUGCUUACCAAAGGGAAGUUUUUCAACAAUAGAUUUAAACGGGACAUUGGAGUUAUCUCUAAUAUCAGUCUCAAGAUAAACUUCAAAUCGGGAGGUACUAGCCAUUUCCUUAACGACGUGGCAAGUCAAAGAAUCUUCUGGGCUGGUGCGAAGGCAAACACGAUGAUCGUUGGAGCAGACGUUUCGCAUGCUGGUAAAGGUAGGGAUGCGACGUGUCCUUCAAUGGCAGGGGUCGUAGCUACUUGUGAUCAGCUAUGCUCUCAAUACUUUGCAUCCGCUCGCCUUCAAGAAAAUAACACCGAGUCGAUCGCAGACCUAGCCGACAUGAUUGGAGAACGCCUUGACAAGUACAGGACUGCGAAUAAUAAUUCUCUACCAGAACAUAUACUCUUCUAUCGCGAUGGUGUGAGCGAAAGCCAAUAUGGAAUGGUUGUGAACGAUGAAAUUCCUCUCAUCAAAGCUGGAUGCAAGGCGGCAGGUGGAAGAGGCGGAAGAGGCGGUAAUUGGUGCCCAAAAAUUACUCUGCUAGUAGUCGGAAAGCGUCAUCACACCCGCUUCUUUCCCAAAUUAGCGAAAAACGACCAAUACAACAACAACCUUUCAUCCGGCUUGGUGAUUGAUUCCGGGGUAGUUACACCUAAUCAUUUCAGUUUCUAUCUUCAGAGUCAUGAUAGCGCACUUGGGACAGCAAGAAGCGCACAUUACAUUGUCAUCAUAAAUGAGAGUGAUUACACACCGGAGCAGAUUCAAGAGACGACGAACACUAUCUGUUUCACGGGCUCUAGGGCAUUUAAAGCUUUGUCUGUUUGUACGCCGGCCAAAUACGCGGAUAUUCUAUGUGAUCGCAUGCGUUGCUAUAUGAAGCCGGCUCUGGACAAUGACUUCGCUGCUACUUCUCCAAAUGACUUGACUUUCUAUCGAAACAACACAGGAAUUUGGAUUGAUCCUCAACAGAAUAGAACCAAUCCCUGGCAUCCUGAUCUUAACGAUCUGAUGUUUUAUCUCUGAUUUCACAACAGAUUAGAUUACCUCGGGAUCCUUGACUGUUUUUAAAUCUUCUACGGUCUUUUACACAUCGAUGAAAGGGUGUUGUGGCAGGUAUGCCAAUCUUUCUGGGUCUGGGUUUGAGUAUGCGAUCGAGCUG